AUGGCCGAUAGAACAUGGAUUACUAAAGGAGUGCGAAGGCUUUCCGAUGAACACCUCAAGGGAGUGGAAGAGUUCAUGCUACAUGUUCGCACAGUUUUUGCCGAGGGUGUUCACAUCUUUUGCCCAUGCAAGCACUGUAUGAACAGGAAACAACUACCUCAAGGAAGAGUUGAAGAUCAUUUGCUCCUUAAUGGGAUGGCCAGCACAUAUGAUAGAUGGAUCCAUCAUGGAGAACCUUUACAUGUUGUACCUGAACAUGCUGAACCUGAACAUGCUGAACCUGAACAUGAUGAACCUGAUGCACAAGGACACCAUGGUGAUGAUGCUAGCUUUGAUUUUAUCGAAGAUGUUCUGCAAGAUGGUUUGGAGAAAGAGGAUGGGUUUGAAGAUGAUAGAAUUCCUGACCUGUUGAGGGAUCUGUACAUGUCUGAAGACCUUGAGGAUGGACAGAGGUCAUUGUUUGCCGAUGUGAUAGAAGAGGCGAAGCGAGCAGCUGUUGAAGGGGGUAAAUUUUCAAGAUUUACCUUCAUUGUGAAGUUACACCACGUCAAGUCUUUCUAUCGGAUCAGCAAUGCUGCAUUCAAUGCAAUACUCCAUAUUUUGAACUUAUGUGUCUUGUUUCGGAAGGACUAUGCCAAGCUUGACAAUUGCCCUAAAUGCAAUGCCUCGAGGUGGAUAGAUGCAGAUGGGAAGAAGCGGAUACCGGCGAAGGUUUUGAGGCACUUUCCAUUGAUUCCAAGGUUGAAAAGGAUGUUCAUUUCAGAGAAAGGAUCGGAGGAGGUGCAGUGGCACAAGAUCAAGCGCCAACCUGUGGAUAAUGAGCUCAGCCAUCCAGCUGAUGGAGAUGCAUGGAAGGACUUCGACGAUACAUAUAAAGACUUUGCCGCUGAUGCAAGAAACAUAAGGCUCGGGAUUGCCACUGAUGGUUUUAACCCAUUUGGAAACAUGAGUAACUCCUAUAGUAUGUGGCCAGUUUUUGUGGUGCCCUACAACCUUCCUCCGUGGGCAUGUAUGGACCAGUCAAACUUUAUGAUGACGUUGCUGGUUCCAGGUCCAGAGUCUCCAGGAAAAGACUUUGACGUCUUUAUGGAGCCCCUCGUAGAAGAACUGCAGCAGCUCUGGAUGGGUGUACGUACAUACGAUGCCCUGAGUCGCGAUAAAUUUGAUCUCCAUGCUGCAAUCAUAUGGUGUAUUCAUGAUUUCCCGGCACUGCACACUUUGUGCGGGAGGAUCACAGCAGGCUAUCAGGCGUGUGUGCGGUGCGACAAAGAGCCUUUCUCGAAAAGAAUAAGGAACAAGAUUUGCUUCAUCGGCCAUCGCCGCUUUCUUCAUCGAACCCAUCGGUGGCGAAAAAGCAAAGAAUUCAAUGGAGAGGCUGAAACCCGCGAGAAGCCGUCGGAAUUCACUAAAGAGGAGCUGCAACAGCAACUUGACAAGGUCAAGGAUGUGAGACCUGGAAAGCUUCAAAAGAAAAGAAAGCGGGAGGAAGGCCAAUGCUUUAGCCGGAGGUCGUGUUUGUGGGACUUGCCAUACUGGUCAGAGCUGAAGUUGAGGAAUAAUCUCGAUGUAAUGCACAUCGAGAAAAACAUAUGCGACAACCUGCUUGGGACAUUUCUGAACAUAGAAGGGAAGACAAAGGACACACUUAAUUCAAGGCUAGAUUUGGAAGACCUGGGCAUAAGAAAAGAGUUGCAUCUACGGCCUGUUGAAGAUGGAGAAUCAUUUGAAAUGCCCGAAGCAUGGUAUACGAUGAGUAAACAAGAGAAGCUUGCAUUCUGUGAAUUUAUAAGGGCUGUGAGGUUUCCAGAUGGGUACGCGGCUAACCUAUCCAAGUGUGUUUCUGCUGAUGGAUGCAAGCUUCAAGGGCUGAAAACACAUGACUGCCAUAUCUUGCUUCAAAGAAUAUUACCGGCAGGCCUCCGAGGAAUUAUGCAUCACGACAUAUAUGAAGCAGUUGCUGAACUAGGAAACUUCUUUAGAGAGUUGUGCUGCAAAACAUUGAAGCGAGAUGUUCUGGAAAGACUUGAAAGGGAAAUCCCAGUUAUCCUUUGCAAGCUUGAGAAGAUCUUCCCACCAUCAUUCUUCGAUGUGAUGGUCCAUUUGGCUGUGCAUCUACCAAAAGAAGCAUUGCUUAGAGGCCCUGUACAGUAUGGUUGGAUGUUCCCAAUCGAGAGAAGGUUGCUUACAUGUAAGCGAUAUGUGCGGAACACGGCUAGACCUGAGGGAUCAAUUGCGGAAGCAUAUGUUGUUGAUGAGUGUCUGACAUUUUGCUCAAGGUACUUUGACGAUAUGGAAACGAGAUUUAACCGGCCGGGCAGAAAUAUAGAGCGGGAUGAUUCUCAUGUUGGUGAUGUCUCGGUGUUCAAGCACGGUGUGAAUUUCAUUGGAGCGUCAGAAUACUUGGAGGCUGGUGCUGAAUAUGACAAGAUGGUUUGGCUGUGCAAGGAAGAGUUGCAGCGGCAAGGUGGUAAUAUAAAUGUUGAUAAAUGGCUUGCGAAUGGAUUUGCUAAAUGGUUUCAGGCUCAUAUUGGAAAUUUGCAAGAUAUCAGUGCUGAUUUGUAUGCUUUGAAGUGCCAACCGGACAAGAGACUCAAAGGCAUCAUCAAGUUGCAGUACAACUCCAGUGAAGGCGUCCACCGUUCGGUGGUCUUAUUUCGGUGUGACUGGUUUGAUCUAGGUGGCAAGAAGAAGAUCGGAGUGCGGGAUGAUGGGCACUUCAAAAGCAUUAACACAGGCAGAUGCUGGUACAAGAAUGAUCCAUUUAUUUUGACAACACAAGCAACCAAAGUGUUUUAUGUGCCAGACACAGCUUUGCGUGGAAAAUGGCAAGUUGUGCAAAAAUUUCAGCAUCGACAUCUCUGGAGUGUGGCUGAAAAUGAACUUGAAAAGGGAGUCGGUGGUACUGGACUUAGCUACCAAGAUGACAACUCAACGGAAGUUCCGCUGCAAACUAAAGAAUCACAUGUGCAAAGCAUAUUGCGAAGGGACCGGGAAUGUGUAUUAGUUGAUGCUGUAGUUGUACAAAAAAUUAAGAAGAGGAGGAAGGAGGUAGUGGUUGAGCAGGAUGUCGAGGAUGAGGAACAAUAUCAGCCCGACCAGACAAUGUACCAGUACUGCAAGGAUGAUGAAGGUAACAAGACUGGGCAUCGGGUUCCUGUUUUUGGUAUCGACGAUGAUGAGUAA